GAAACAUCCAGCCGUCGAAGCAUCGUCAUGGCAGCGGCAGCGGCUGCAGGGAGUGCGGCUGAGAAACGGAAGCGACCAAGUCCUGGUGGUGGGGCUGAGGAUGAGUGCGGCAAUCUGGAUGAGAGCAUCGCACACUGCCAGCAGCUCUUGGACGCGCUGCAGGAGAUCAAGAAUGACCUCAUGCAGCAAGAGCGGGCCAUUGGCGGGACGGCAGAUACCAGCGAGCCAUCUGUAAGCAGGCAGAAAUGGAGGAAAAGGCACGGCUUAAGUCACAUGCACUGUUCGCGUGCCUUCCUCUUUGUGCUGUCGUCAUCAGGCCGAGUGCAUGCGUGAGAUCUUGGCCUUCAACGUGGGCGGCGACACGACCGUCAAGGCUCGGCGGUCCACUCUGUGCGCCGUCAAGGGCACCGUGAUGGCACUCCUGUUCUCGGGCCGCUUCGACGCGGGAUUCAGACGGGACAGCAACAACCGCAUCUUCCUCCAGCUGUUUCCGGAUGCUUUUACGUGGUGGGCAGACACAGCAUGACUGGGGCAGGGCGUGGAUCUCACACUGCCCCUCUGAGUGUGUGCGUGCGCUUUGUUUUUCAGGUUGGUAGGGCAGCUGCUCACAUAUGUCGGCGAGCAGACAAUCGAUAGCAUCGUCAUACCAGAUUCCAGACGAAACGACACGCCGUUCAAGUAAGCCACACCGACAGGCAGACAGACAGACAGAUAUACAGACGGCCGCGCGAGUUGUUGUGGUUGACAUGUUGUGAUGUGGCUGGUGUCUGUCAGGUAUUGGGUAGAGUUGUUGAUGUCGGACCCCGGCUACAAGCGCCGUGCGAGCCGUGUGCAGAUCCCCCCCCUCACACAAGACCAGCAGGAGGAGCAGCAGCAGGGAGCGGGCGGCGAGCAGCAGCAGCAGCAGCAGCAGAGAGAUGCUGAGGACCUCUCUGUAGAGCUGACGAGUAUGAUCAGGAGGGCCAAGGCUGACAGGGAUGCCCAGAUGGAGCGCCUCCAGGCCAUCAGGCCGCUGCUCAAGACUGGCAACGUAGAGGACGAUGCGGUGAGGUGAACAGAGAUGGGCAGAGGAAGGCCAACUCGAUGACGCGCUCUGUGCGUCAUUUCCAUGUUGGCAGUUGGUGUCGAUUGAGGUGUCUGGUGCCGUCGUGACGGUGACCAAGGGCGUUGCCACUUCGCUCGGUGACGACUCCACCUUCGCAAACAUAUUCCUCAAGUGAGCAGCUGCCGUCACCGCACGCACACACAGACAUCUCCACUGGAUGCGAUGCUGUCUGCGCGUGUGUCAGGUAUGACCGCAGUAGUCAUGAGGUAGAUCCAGCGUACGUGCGGCGCAUCGUGGACGCGGUGGCACGUGCCCACAUGAUGGGUGUGGCCGUCAAGGCGCUCGAUGUGCAGGGGGCGGUGGGGGAGCUGGCCAUCAAGGGAUACCGACACGCACUCACAAUGUAAAAACGGUGUGCGCACACAAGGCUGCUCAGCACACAAGGCCAGGCCUUGACGCCUCUUCUGUGUCUGAAUGUGUGUUAGGUACGGUUUGGAUAGCGAUCGCUAUUUGGGCCCUGUCGACGGGCUCCUCAAGCUGGAGCACCUGCAGAAGAUGCGGCAGUGGUGUGAGGACGAGGAGGAGGACCCUCCUGCCAUUCCCUCCCACUUGGGCGAGCCGCUCAUCCGCAUAUACAAGUGAGGAAGAAGACCGAAGCAACUGCCAGCAUGACGGUCAUCUCUCACUCUGCCUCUAUGUGUCGUGUCAGGGCGACUGUGGAUGGGUGGAAGUGGUUGGAUUUCCUGGAGGCCGUCAAGGGCCACUCCCCUCUGCUGCUCAUCUCCAAGGUCGACGCCACCACCGAGCUGUUCGCCAUCAUCAUCGACGGGCCCAUCGAGGUCGCGGGGGCGGCCGAGACCGAGCACGACACGAGAGCGCACGCCUUCAAGCUGCAGGGGACCGACAGCCACCCAUACGUGGGCUACAUGGGCUGGCGGAGCAACAUGUACAUCGCGGGCACACAGGUGGGUACUCAUUCGAAUGAGCGAUUCAGGCAGGCGGUCAUGGUGAUGGUCUGCUCUCCAUCCGUGUGUGCAGGAGAGAGUCACCCAGACCAUCGAUUUGUCUUCACCCGCCUCCGACGCGCCGGCCGUCCUUGUCACCGCAUGUUUCGAUUUCGGCAUCCGACCGGCCGCCCAGCAGAUCGGUGCCCCAGCAGCGGCCAGCGACGAGACCAUGAAGCGCUGCCAGGGGUACAUUCUGGAGCACGACCAGCCCGACGUGUGGCUCCAGUGGCAGCGGCCGAGUGUGAGGCCGGGCCACCACGGCUGGGACGAUGAUAGCGUGUACCAGUGGUGUUCAGUGAAGGGGUUUCACUUCAACCUGUCCGACUUGGAGGCAUACAAACUGGGGUGAGGAUGGGGGCCCUAGCCGUCCUGUUUGUACAGUGCAGUGCAGUGCAGUGCACAGACCGUGAUACGCAAUGGUUGCGUGAAUGAGUCGAUUCAC